AUGCCGUCUGGUGUCUUGGUGCUGGUCCUGCUGGUGCUGGUGCUGUCCCUGCUGGCCCUGCUGGCCCUGCUGGUGCGGGUGCGCUGCUGCGAGCGAGGGCCGACUGAAACUGCCAGUCUGCCCGACGGCUUUCCCACGCGACGGGCCCGGACAGGGGGGGCGAUGGAUGGGGGCGAACCGUUGUCCUUUCCGAGCCACCGCGUCUUCGACGGCCUGGUGACGUUGGCGACGGGGCAAGAGACGCUGGUCACUGUCGGCGCGCGCGCAAUUCACGACGCCAGAUUGCUUUGGCCCAACAAGCUGGUCGACUGCCUUUUUGCGACUGGCUGCUGCAAGAGGCGCAGAAUUGUCUUGUUGCUUUUGGGCGGCAAAAAGAAAACGUCAAUGGAGGAGGCGGCGGCUGCUGCUGCUGCUGCUGCUGCUGCUGCAUGCAGGUGGUGUCAAGAUCUGGAGAGGAUCAAAGUGCCGGUUCCGUCGUGCGGUCCCUCUUCAACGCUCUGGACAGGUGGGCGUCAUGGCACGUUCAAAUACACCACAUCAGUGCAUCCCAAACAAAAGUUGAGUGCGGAGCAGCCCUAUCCUUGCGCUCAUCUCGCGCUCGCGACACUACAGCUUCACCAUGACCAGGACUAUUCCUGCAAGCAUGCCCCUCCUGGCUGUCAAGGAGCCAGGGCAGUCAUGCGACCUUGUUUGAGGCGUCUGUGGCGCUUUUGUGCACAGAUGAAGAUCCACAACCCGGGCGACAGCACCGUCGCCAACGUAUCGAUUACUCCGGUAUCCGCCAGCAGGCGCAUCAACGGCGGCUCUAUCGCGUCUGGACCGGUGGGCCAUGGUGGAACGUGUCAGCUGGUCGCUCACGUCGCCAUUGUUGCCAGCACUGCCAGGGCGGGCUCGCUCUCCCUUCCAUACACGGCGAGCGGCCAUGUAGAAUUGGAAUUGCAUUGCAAACAUGGCCAGGACGGCGACUCAGCGGUUCCUGGAGAAAUGCUGGGAUUGGGAGAGCAUGGGCCAGUUUGGAAGAGCCAUGGAAGGCCGCUAGAAGGAACAAAGGCACGGUGCAUAAGACGUGUCCUAGCCAUGCAGCGGGCGACAAGUCUGCGUGCCGGCAAAGGGCCCAAGCACGAAUGUGGGUUUGAGACAGCAGAAAGAAGCAUAGCAUUCUCAAUCCCGAAGACGUCUGGCUCUGCUGCAGGGCAGCCUAUUGGCGAGGCUUGUCCAGAAUGGCGGAGGCUGGGGGACGCCCUUCUGUCCUGUGAGACGGCCGUCGACGCCCCUGAAGCUCCGUGGAAACACUUUGGGCUCACGAACGACGCGCCUUUCCCACACCCCACGAAGCCGCCACACAGCUGUAACCCCCAGAAACACCUGCGACAGGCGGCACGUGGUGCGUUCUCGGGCAAGGGCACCACGGCUACGCUGUCUGAAUCUCCCACCGACAUUUCAAAACAUUUGGGCCAUUUAGUUGUAGUUGCGGUGAAGGAGUCGUGGACUGGCACUGGGCUGCUUGGGGCACUCGGUAUGCUUCCGCUAGAUCCGUCUGUGCUUGCGCGUCCCACCCCGGCCAAAGUAUCUGCCGGGGCCCACCAGUCCCAGCCUCACUAUGUUUCGAUCAUCGACACACGUACCCCCUAA